AUGAGGAAGAAGAGUUACCCAUAUUGUUCUUUUCAAUAUCCAUCAUUUUAUUAUUCUUCUUCUGAUGAUAAACACACACCAAAUAAUCACAAUCACAAUGCUGAGAAACAGAAACAUGCAUGUCAUGUUUGCAGUAAGCAUUUUUCAUCCAACAAAGCUUUGAAUGGACACAUGAGAAUACACAAAAAAGAUAAAAAGGGUAUUCCUCACGAUGAAGAUCAAUUUCAAUGUCAACUUAGUUCAGCAGAAUAUAUUCCAGAAAAAUCGCAUAACUGCAGCAAGAGGAAGAAUGCUAUCAAUACUAUUGAAAACGAUCGUUGCGACAAGAAAAGGCUGAAACUUUGCGAAAGUAUGACUAAUGAGAAGAUCAAGGAACAACCUGUGACGCCAAGUACCGGUCAUGUUAGCAACGUUGAUGAAACAACUAAGAUCAAAGUGAAGGAUAAUUAG